CCCCGAGGCGGUCACCGAGCACCGGGAGCCUGCUGGGCGUCCGCUGCCUGCCCCCGCGCGUCUGAUACGCGUCUCCGCAGGCAGCGGGAGCGACUCCCCGCUUGGGUUUUUUUUGUUUUGUUUUGUUUUUUUUUCUUCCCGUUUCAGGUAUAAAGUGAUGAAGAACUGGGGGGUUAUCGGGGGGGUGGCCGCCGCCUUGGCGGCGGGGCUGUACGUGCUGUGGGGUCCCAUCGCCGAGAGGAAGAGGCGUAGGAAAGGGCUUGUACCUGGCCUUCUGAACUUAGGAAACACUUGUUUCAUGAACUCUUUGCUGCAAGGCUUAUCUUCCUGCCCUUCUUUCAUCAAGUGGCUGGAGGAAUUUACAGCACAGUACAAGAGAGACCCGAACCAGUCCACUGAGCAUCGAUACCUGUCAGUCACUUUGCUGCAUCUCCUAAGAGCUUUAUCCUGCCAAGAGGUAACAGAAGAUGAUGUCCUGGAUGCAAGCUGCCUGUUAGAAGUUUUAAGAAUGUACAGGUGGCAGAUCUCAUCAUUUGAAGAGCAGGAUGCUCACGAAUUAUUUCAUGUCCUUACCUCUUCGUUAGAAGAUGAACGGGAUCGUCAGCCACGUGUGACACAUCUGUUCGAUGUGCAUUCGCUGGAGCAGCCAGAAAUAACCCAAAAGCAAAUAAGCUGCAGAACAAGAGGGUCUCUUCCCCCUGUGUCAAAUCACUGGAAAUCUCAGCAUCCUUUUCAUGGAAGGCUGACGAGCAACAUGGUUUGCAAACACUGUGAACACCAGAGUCCUGUGAGGUAUGAUACCUUCGACAGCCUCUCGCUGAGCAUUCCUGCCGCCGUGUGGGGUCGUCCUAUGACGCUGGACCACUGCCUCCAUCAUUUCAUCUCCUCUGAAUCUGUAAAGGAUGUUGUGUGUGACAACUGCACUAAAAUUCAGGCAGAAGGGACUCUGAAUGGACAGAGCAUAGAAAACCAGAGAACAACAUUUGUUAAGCAAUUAAAGUUAGGAAAGCUUCCUCAGUGUUUGUGCAUCCAUCUGCAAAGACUGAGCUGGUCCAACCAAGGUGCUCCUCUGAAACGUCAUGAGCACGUACAGUUCAAUGAGUUCCUGAUCAUGGACAUCUACAAAUACCGUAUUCCUGUUCAUAAAUCAAGCCAGAAUGAGCUGAAUCAGAAAAACUCUGAAGAGACAACACCUGGAACAAAGGAUGGGACAGCAGUAAAACCUUCAGAGGCAGAACAGCCAUCUGGUCCUAAACCAGUCUUCAUGAACGGUGCCUGCUCCUCUUCGUUUUUAAUGUCCUCGGGAACUUUCCCACUUGCUGCAUUCCCUGAAUGCAGUUCCCCCGUUUACCUUUACCGUCUGAUGGCAGUCGUAGUGCAUCACGGGGACAUGCAUUCUGGACACUUUGUGACUUACCGCCGCUCCCCCCCUUCUCCCAAGAGCCCCCUCUCUGUCAGCACUCAGUGGCUCUGGAUUUCGGACGACACCGUUCGCAAAGCCAGUCUGCAGGAAGUCCUUUCUUCCAGCGCUUACUUGCUUUUUUACGAGCGUGUUCACUCGAGGGUACAACACCACAGCUUGGAGUUGAAGGCUGAAGACUGAUUCAGAGAGCAGAAGGACAAAAACUGAUAAAAUUCCUCUGAGAGCUACGUUGCACCUCUUGUCUGUUAUGCAAAUAACCCACCACAGGCCCUUUAACAUUCUCCUCCCUCUAUGGCAACGGCUGGCUCCUGCUGGGAGUCGUGUUUUUGUACCAAAAUUACGCUGCCCAAAGUUGGUCUGCUAAGAUUGUGCAGUCCAAAGUAUAUCUGUGUUAGAGAAGCAUUUAUUCUGUUAGGUAGCAAUUUUGUCAACAUCACAGCUCUGAAACAGACAUUUCAAACAGACUUCCCAAGGCUCUUUUCCGUAUUCUGACGUGUAUGUAAAUUUUCAAGUUUCAAGGAGAGAUGCUUAAUCCCACACAUUUCACCGUAGACGUUUUGGAACAGGGGAUCCCCAGAAGCGGUUGACAGGAAGCUGCUGUUAUCAAAGGCAAUGAUUUAAGAAACAAAGUGCCUUGAGCUUAUUUGAAUAGCUACCAUACCACUGUCUGAGUCCACUGCAUGUCGGUUGCGUUCUGAUAAAUGUCUCAAGAUGACGGGAUGAACUACUGACAGAAUCAGAUCUGAUACCCCAGCAAAUUAAUAAAGUGAGGCAUCUCUACAUAACAUGCACCAUCCAAAAAACAACUUCCCUGUUCACAUCAUUUUCCUGGUAUUUUAGUUCUUUAUACAUCAUAGCAGUUCUUCUGAUUCAGAGUGCAGUUCCCCUUUUCCAGGAGAAAAGACAAAUUUUUUUUAAGAGCCAAGACCCUGAUUCAUUGCUUGGUAUCUUCAGAGUAUAGCUGAAAUCAAGAAACAGAAGUGUGUGCUAGCAAUCAGUAUUGUAAUUUCCUUCAUCACUGAAACUCUUGAAUACAGUUGCUUGUAGUACUAACUACAACUUUUAAUGCUGUGAUUGCAAGGCUACUGUAAUCGGUGUUCCUUCCUAUUUUAAUGCUGAAAACUGCCAUUUCUCAUCAACCCUCCCAACACGCUGCCUGGCUUGUGGCUGAGCCUUAGAGCCUGUACCAGCUGUGACUGAGCAGAGGUGUAGAGCAACCCCGGCCCCGUGUUAAGUUAGAGCAUGCUCAAUGGAAUCAGGACUGUCCUGUGAAGUAGUACAGCAGCCUGAAAAGACCAGUGGCACUGCAUUAGAUACAGCUUCCCAUCUGAGUAGAAGUGUCCCUUGUGGCUCUAGAUUGUUUGACAUGUCAAAAAAAUAAAGCCCAAACAAAGCGUGGGAGGGAGAAGCAGGAACAAUUAUCCUUUUGACGGCUUUUAAUCACCAGGAAUAAAGUAUGUAGGCUAUUUUUAGCUCUUUUCUAUCCUUGUAAGCUUCGAGGGGAAAAAAAAGACUUAAUUGAUCAGACCAGAUUUUUCAGUGUAAAACAGCAACUAAUUAUCAAAUGGUAACAACUGGCAUUUUUUAGGGCAACUUUGUACCUCAGAUAUUCAUACUGCUGCUCACAGGUGUUCAGAGUUCCUUCACGGGAAGCUCAGAACGAGCCAAAAUAGGAGCAGUAAUGGAUGUAUAUGCAAAACUAUUUACACAAGUCAUCAUUCCAGAGUAUGGAUCACAAUUCCUGCUCCAAGCGAUGCUCAUUAUACAUAAGUCUUUAUAAAUCCACCGAUGUACUAGUUUCUGAGAAGUCUCUCUGUGUUAGGCUAGCAGUAGUGUGGUUUUAACCUUUCUAUUUUAAGUUAUGGAAAAACAAGAAGAAAAAAAAAAAUCCCUAGAAGGAUGCAAAAA